AUGGGGCACAGAAAUUGCCGAAGUGCUCGAGCCUCGAAGAUCAAAAAUUGGCGUGCUUGGCUUGGACAAACAGCUAAUACUCCUCCCGAAGGAAUUACAGCAGAAGUCCUAGUCGUUCGUUCAUUUGAGGAGUUAAACAAACCAGAAGUUUCAGCAGCAGCUAAAGGUAAAAUAGUUGUCAUCAACUUCAACUUUGAACGUUACGGAAGAUCUGUCAAAUACAGGAGCCAAGGACCUGUCGAAGCUGCCAAACAUGGAGCUUUAGCGGUACUUAUAAAAUCCGUAACACCUUUUUCCAUGUAUACGCUUCAUACAGGAUACCUCAAGUACAGAAAAGAUGUCAAAAAAAUUCCGGCUCUUUCGAUAACAGUUGAGGAUGCAAACAUGCUACAAAGAUAUCAGGAUAAAGGUAAAAAAAUUGUAAUAAAACUACAAGUAGACUCGCAACAUCUGCCUGAUGAAACCUCAAGAAACUUAGUGGCAGAAAUUAAAGGAUCAGAAAAAGAGCAAAAAAUCGUUGUUGUAUCCGGUCAUUUGGAUAGUUGGGAUGUUGGAGUUGGUGCAAUGGAUGAUGGUGGUGGAUCAUUCAUUUCUUGGUAUUCAAUGGUUCUUCUAAAAUCCCUCGGUUUAAGAGCAAGGAGAACUCUAAGAGUUAUUCUGUGGACUGCCGAGGAACCUGGUUUUAUAGGAGCCCAAGCAUACGACAAAGCGCACAAGAAUGAUCUGGACGAUUUUACUUUUGUAAUGGAAUCUGACGAAGGUACUUUCAAUCCUCUGGGAAUAGAAUAUACAACCGGCAAAAAAGGUGGAUGUAUAUUAAAGGAAAUCGUUGGAUUACUGGAACCGAUCAAUGCAACACAGACCCAAUACAGCGAAUCAGUAGGAUCCGACAUAGCGAUGUGGGCUAAGAAGAUACCUAUAGCUGGUCUAUUAAACGAGAACCAGAAAUAUUUCUGGUACCAUCACUCAGUCGCCGACAGUUUGGAUAUUUUGGACUCAGACACAUUAGAUAAGGCUACAGCUGUCUGGGCAUCUGUAGCGUAUGUCGUUGCUGAUCUUAAAGAAGAAUUUCCCAGAGAUUUUGAUGAUAUUUCAAAGUUACCCAUCAACAAAUUAAUAGAAAAAUUGCGUCAAAGUGGACAAAAUCAUUAGUUAGUUCGUAAUAUUGUGAUUAAAGCGAAUUAGUAUUAUACAGAGGCAGCACAAUAUUAUAAUUAGUUUAUUAAUAAAGAUAAAUUUAUUUUU